AUGCAUAAUGCUGACCUUACUUUGGAGAAGGCCGAGCCCGACAUAUUCGCAACACCACUACCUUCGUCACAGCAAAUGCAUCCGCAGAAGGAGCCACCAUUCGCGGCUAUAGCUGCCCCUGAAUCUCCUGUUGCAGCCAAAAAUCUCUACUCCAAAGUGAAGAAGCGUGACUCCUCACUAUCAAUUGCCCAAGAAGACUACUCAGCUACCCAUGUGGUCGAGUCCGACUCUAGCUCAACCGAAGAAAAUGGAUCCCAGGGAAGCGGCUAUAAUGAUGGAUGCCACUCCGAUCAAGCGAGCGAGGACGAAAACUACGUUGAGCCCAAUAAGCGAGCUGUGUGGCUACCCGGCCGCUCCAAGGGAUACUUUGAUGCCUUCUGUGAUAAUAUUUCUAUUGAUGGUGACGGUGAAGACCUUGAGGAAGCCGACGAGCAUUAUAAAAAAACCGACGAGUAUUACGAGGAAGCCGACGAGCAUUACGACGAAGCCGACGAGCAUUACGACGAAGCCGACGAGCAUUAUGAGGAAACCGACGAGCAUUAUGAAAAAACUGACGAGCGUUAUGAGGAAACCGACGAGCAUGAAGAAAGCGACGUAAAUUCGGCUUAUACCCGUCUACUCAACUAUCAAACCAAUACUUGCAGGCCAAGGCGCUCUUCACUAAGAACACUAAUACUUAGUCCACGUAUAUCUCCUCAUAAAACCGCCGAGGAAGACGUAUGCUUGCAAAGUGAAGAUGAUAACGACCCUCUGGCAGACAAAUUUCGUGAGAUGGAGGAUCGUUUUCAAAGGAGACAAGAGAAAAUUCCAAAGCCACUGCAUGGUAACGGAAUCCCGACUUUGACUAGAUCCAACGCAUUUGGCUUGAAACCUCCACCAGGACAUAAUUUGUUCAAGCGGCUUCUUCGCGGUUUUAUCUCGCUGCCUAACGCAUUGGAGAGCAACGAAGAUAUGACAAAAAUGCUACACUGUCACCGCAAAAUGGAAGAUCUAUAUUUUGAAUUAGGGGAGCGUGAAUCAGAAAUCAGAGAAGUUGUAGCUUCUCAUUGUGGACUACCGAGCCCUGACCGAGUUUUUGUUUCAACCUAUGAUACAGGAGAGACCUGGAGCCAUGGGAGUUUCAAUCUAUGUAUACCAGUUUAUGCCUCCUAUCCAGGUAGCGAAGAGCCUAUCCCUCUGGCAUUUAAGCUCCCCUUGCCGUAUAUGGUUGGGGAAGAAGAAUUCCCCGGAAAUGCUGAAGAAAGGCUACGAACGGAGGCAGCAACCCAUCUCUGGAUUAGCCAAAAUUGUCCUGAGGUACCCAUCCCUAAACUCUAUGGAUUCGGGUUUCGUGGCGGAAUUAGCAAUCGAACUACACUUUUGAAUCACGGUUAUAUGUUAACCGAAUGGGCCACAACCGAUGAUGACUUGAAGCCAUUAUCUGAAAAACUCGGAAUGCGGCAUAACGAUGUUCAGCUACACUUUGAUAAAUUUAUUCAGAAGUCAAAGACCCAAAACCUGUACCGAAGUUUUGCAAAAGUCAUGAUGUCACUUGCGAAAAUCCCACAGCCUCGAAUUGGCUCUUGGACUAUCGAUAAUAAUGGCCAGCUUUCAUUAUCCAACCGCCCUUUACUUCCUCAUAUCACUAAGUUCGAAAACUGGGGUAUCCCAAGCGGUAUUCCGCGGAAAACUACUUAUACAAACACGGACAGCUUCUAUAAUGACUGCAUUGGGGUUUAUGAUAAUCGUCUGGAGCAUCAAAGAAAUAUUGUGAAGCACGAACGAGAGGUCUGGGAUGCCGCCGCCAAAAUGGUUUAUAUGAGGUCAUAUCUACCCAGAUUUGCGGAUUAUUCCCUUCGUCAAGGCCCAUUCUUUAUGCAGCUUGGGAAUAUGCCUUCCCACAACAUCCUAGUUGACAAGGAGUGGAAUGUCAAGCAGUUUAUCGAAGUCCAAGGGAUAUGCUCUCUACCUAUAGAGCUACUACUACCUCCUCCGUGGAUGACAGGAAAGGACAUUGGGAAUUUGCUAUCCACCGAGAAAGAUCGCCUCAAUAUAUGCUAUCGGCAGUUUACCAACACUCUUCGGCAUGAAGAAGCAAAGAAUCCAUUGCUUCCAAACGGGAAGCUCCACUCUGACACUCUUUUGCGUACUCUGCUCUCUGAUAAGUUCUGGUUUCUCCAUUCACUGCAGACUCCGGGUGACCCAGACUCCAUGAUUAAUUGGAUGGGUGGCUAUAUGGACAUGCCUUUGCGGCGUGGUAGCCCGAUUGCAGCUUCGGUAUUUCGGCCGUAUAUGAAUGAAUUUGUGGGAUUCAAGUUACGUUCGUAUGUUGCAUAUCAUAAAGACGUACACCGUCUAUAUGAUGGUUCGCAUGGAAGAGUAUAUGACGAUUUUGAGCUCGGUUAUAUUGAAAGACAACCUGUUAUCCCUAGAAAACGGUAG